UUUCUCGGCUUCUGUAGUUUUAAUUUUGUUUUUCCCUAUUGAUUUGAUCGUUUGCACUUUUUUGGAAUUGUGUUACAGCUAAUGAAUUCUUUUUGGGGUUUUUUUUUUCCGAUAAAUUUAAUCUGACGAAACGGAAACAUGAUUGUUGGUUUUGGGCAUGUUAGUAUUGGGAACUGCUUUAUCUUUUUGGGUGUUUUCCAAAAAUCUCAGUUUAUUAAUCACUAAGUAUGGUUAAGUGGUCUGUGUGUGCCUUUUUGUAUGAAUUAAUUUGCCCAAGGAAUGGUAAAUUAGUGGUCAUUCUAAGCCGAAAAUAUUAGGUUAUGGUUGCUAAUAGCUGCUCAGGUCCUUGGCAUUGUGAUCGAGCUUGAGCUUAUUGUAACAGUAUUUGAACUGAGCUGGGUUUGAUUCGAAUAACAGUGUUCAUUAAUUUCUUUGGCAUAAUUAAUUGUUAGUUAGUUUAAGUUACUGUGGUCCUGAUGCUUUCAGACUUUUCUUUCAGGCAUUGGUAUUUGCACAAUGGAGGGGGGAGGACUUGAUAAUGUGCUUGACACUGUUCUCGAAGAUGAGAACUUUGAAGAUGUUGAGAUGCUUGACGUAGAGGAUGGAGAGUUGUUUGAACAGGAUCCAGAGGUUGAAAAUGAAGGAGGCAAUCCUGUCACUGAUCUUAAGGCUCUGAAUGUAGAAGGCGACGCUAAUAUGGUACAAAAGAAGAAUAAGAAAAAGAAAAGGAAGAACAAGAAAAAAAGAGGCAGUUCCAUUCCUAACGCCAGCAAUAUUAGCAGAUUCGUCCCAGAUGUUUGUCGGCGCUUGAAGGAAAAGAAGUCCUAUCUGGUGUGGGCUGCUGUGAAUUGUCUUGGUGUUCCUGCCUUGAGUGAUCUUGUAAAAGAGGUUGAUGCAAUUCAGGCCUGUGGUGGUCAACAAACUGCAGAUGGAAGGCGCUUCCGAACUGGAGGUGGUAUAUUGUGGAACAUCCUCAAAGUUCGUGAUCCUAAUGCUUACAAGGAGAUAAUGAGAAGAGGAAAGGAAUUUGAGAAGCAAUUCAAGCCGCAGAGCAUCAUGCAAGAGCCUAUCCGCAACACAGUCUCCUCAUCUCUGAAAAGUCAAUAUACCGCUGGACCUCCAGAUGGAUUACAAGAAUAUUCUGAAGUGCAGAAGCAUCUUGAAGGAUCAAAUGAUGAGAAGAAACAAGUAUCAGUUAAAGAAAGACUGCGGAUUCCAGUUGCAUAUGAUGAUUUGAUUGGAGAUGAAUUAACUUAAUUUAUGGCUUAAGUGUCCCUAUAAUCAAGGGUUUGAAGAGUGAUGAAAUUGGAGGAUUGAUAGGCUUAUCAUCACGAUGCAAUAAUGGGAAGAAGCCAAAACAGUUUUGUACGCGAGAAUACUGUAUAUAUUUGGAAAAGAGAAGAGAUUUUAAUGAUUAUUUCAUUUCUGCUUCUACUAUGUGCUAGAAAAAACAACUGAAUGAUAACUGAAAAGAAUCUACAAAGUGCAAAAAAAUUAAUUAUUGACAGAAUCUUGAAAUCAAAUUAUCACUGAUUCACUCCCAAAAUCCAUAAGACCAGCGCCAUUUAACAGGCGUUUGUCUGAUGUGUGCUGCCCUAACAAAAUUGGCAGUUUUAAACAUUCUUUCCAGUUCUAAUCCAAACAUCAAAGCGGUGAAACAUUCAGGCAGAUUUGCUCCUGCUCCACUUUGUACACAAAAAAGCAGACUGCCUGGGCAUUGUUGAAGCUGGUUUUCGGAAAAGCUCAUCUUGAUCCUGUUUUCUGCCUUCUUGCCUGACCGAUAGAUUUCAUGGACUGCAUCGUCGUUGUCCUUGUAUUCAGGUUAAAAUACUUGGCUGCUGCUUCUUCAAGAAGAGGCAAACAACAGUGCAGUCGUCUCUCUUUGAGUUGGGGAACUUCUGUUUCCAGGCAGCAACUGAAGCAUCGACAACUGCUUUUGCCGCGGCUUCUUCAGUUGCUGUCGAGGAAACUAUGGAAGUCACUUGAUCGUUAGAAAGAACAUCCCAUACC